AUGCAUGUGAGAUGUUUAGCUCACAUUGUAAACCUCAUUGUGAGAUAUGUUAGGAGUUCAAGUGCUAGGUUAGAUGAAUUUAAAAAAUGUGUGGAGAAGGAGAAAGUUGAAUGCAAAAAGAUUUGCAUUUUAGAUAUUCCAACAAGGUGGAAUUCCACCUUUCUUAUGUUGGACACAACUUUGGAGUUUAAAAAAGCUUUCGAGAGGCUGUAUGAUGAUGAUGAAAGGUUUCGAAACUACUUUGAUGAAGAUGAGGUAGAGAUUGCAAGUGGGAGGAGAGUGCCUAUGAAAAGAGUUGGGCCACCAAUUGAUACAGAUUGGGACAAUGCAGCCAUUUUUGUGAAGUUUUUAAAGGUCUUUUAUAAUGUGACAUUUAAUGUAAGUGCUUCACUUACCCCUACUGCACACAAGGCCUUCCAUGAUGUUGUAACCAUUGAAGCUAAGCUUGAAGAACUUAGCUCAAUUGGUAUAGGGCCUGAUUCUAAUGAAGUUGACCAAGUAUUGUAUGAUAUGGCAGUUCAAAUGAAGUCCAAGUAUGACAAGUAUUUUGAUCCUAGGUAUAAAUUGAGAAACAUUGGUAGAGUGUGUGAAGUUUGGCUGAAUUUGCCUAGUGGGGAGAUCAAAAAGAAAUCGGAGGAAGUGAAGCAACUUGUUCUAGAACUGUGUGACUUGUACAGUCAGUCUAAUGCUGCAUCAAGUGGAGGACAGAAGAAGAAAGCAGCAAGUAGUACUAGUGACACAGCAACUAAAAAACCUGAAGUAAAGCAAGGAGAAGAGGAUGAUUGGAAGACUUUGGAUUGGUGGAAGCUGAAUGGAGGUAAAUAUCCCAACUUGCAAUCAUUGGCCAGAGAUGUAUUAGCAAUAUACAAGUGUCUACAGUUGCAAUCUAAUUCAAUUAUGGGGUUGGAGUAUGUACCAAGUGUAGAGGAAAUGGAGACCUAUGAACAACUUGAAGCUGAACAUGAAAAGAAGGAUAGAGAUAAGGCUAAGAAAGCUAAGACCAAUGUUUUUGGUGGACCUGCAGAAGCACCAAUGUGA